UCGAGGUGAGGUGAUUACAGUGCAAUAUGGCGUCGCACAAGGCCCAACGUGUAGAAAUAUUUGAUCCCGAAGAUCAAAAAAUAUACAUUUUGUAUUUGAGUGCAGAAGAUGCACAAAAAAUGAAAAAUGAUAUCAAUUUUGCUUCUGCUUUGUUACAAUAUGCAAAAGAAAAUGUAUCCAAAUCUGAUAUACCAACUACAAGUACAGGAAAAAUAACAAAAAGUUCGUCAAAUAUAUUAAAUAAUAAUGGAGAUUCAAUAUCUGAUAUUGAAAAUACACCAUGUACAAGUACUGAAAUAAAAAGUUCAUUGGAUGUAGAGAAUAAUAAAGAUUCAAAAUCUAAUAAUGAAGAUAUCUACGUAUGGAGCAAAAAAGAAACCUUACUAUUAAUACACUUAUAUAAAGAACAUGAAGAAAUCUUUACCUCGGGAAAAAUGAAACAACAUUUAUGCUGGGAACGGAUAGCAAAAGAAAUGUUAAAAAAAGAUUACAAUAUCUCUGCAAAAAAAUGUUGCACAAAGUUUCUAGGAAAGCAGUGACAAGAAUGUUGG